GUUAGACCUAAAAAUUGUUGCUGCCAUUUUUUAACCUUGAUUAAAGCAAGGGACUAGUGUGGCCUCCACAUAGUGAGGCAUACGUAAGAUAAUAUUUCCUUAAGUGGAUACCUAUGAGUCCUAUCUGAACAAACCUUAUGACAGCGAAGGUUUGAUGAGGUGUCCUGACAGUGAAAGUUUGAUGACGAGCCACGAUGGACAAGUAGUAGUAUUUAAGCAAUCGUCUUUGAAGUUCUAACAAACGAGAGUAAUGGGAAAGACAUCACCUUAUGCUGUUUCAUUUCUCUUAAGGUUUAUCUAUGGGGUUAUGCAGAUACUCACCAAAGUUGCUUUUAACCAAGGUACAAGUACAUAUGUUCUUGUUUUCUACAGGCAUGUAAUAGCUACAAUGUUGUUACUGCCCAUUGCUUUUGCAACUGAAAGGAAAACCGCCCCACAACUGUCACACAAAGUCUGUCUGAAGCUAUUUGUGCAUGCAUUAUAUGGGGUGUCUACUUCUCUAAACAUAUCAUUUGUUGGCCUCAAUUAUGCUUCAGCAACUUCUGCUACUGCAGUACAAAAUGUCCAACCAGUGUUAACUUUCUUUUUGGCUCUUCUAUUGGGAAUGGAGUCCUUGAAACUGAAGAGCUUCCAUGGGAUUGUGAAAGUUUCUGGUAUAGUGCUUUGUGCCGCUGGUGUUGCCUCUAUUUUGGUAUGAAUUGCUUGAAAUUGGCCAAUUUCAAAUCGCCUACAGGAACUGACCUAUGGGUUGGAGGAGUCGA